GUUUUUUUUUUAAAAAUUUCUUCUCAAUCAUGACUACAAGCUGUGGGGAUGGCGAAUCGGCGGAUCGGGGUAACGUAAUACUGCCUGACGAAAACACGGCAUUACUGCCCGUAGAAAGCAACGCAUCAACAAUUAUAAACUAUAGAACACCCUCUCCAGUAGAUCAAAAAAGUACCUUUAUUUACCAGUUCAAACGAACAAAUGUUUACAAACUUUUGCCUUCGCUUUCUCUUGGAUGUUUAAUCUGGUUUGGAAGUACUCCUACUGAUGAAUUGUCAGUCACAUCAAUCAGGUUACUUGCGGUAUUUAUGAGUUGUAUAUUUGCGUUAAUUACCACAUCAAUUGAUAUAUCUGUACUUGUAUUGAGUGCACUCACGUUAUUGUCCGUGACAUAUUCGUUCCAAUGUAUAGAUCACACUACUGGAAUUAGUACAGAGUGUCGACUGUGCGGGGAAGAAAAUCCCUUGACAGGGCUUCCAUAUGACUGCUCAGGCGGAAAAGAGUCUUUCCAUCAUUCCCUCGAAGGCUUCUCUAGCUCAGUUGUCUGGCUCAUCUUUGCUGCUUUUCAUUUAGGAAAGGCCGUAGAAGUAACUCAACUCGGAAAAAGAAUUUCCCUGAUGAUGAUUCGUUCUUUUGGAAAACGAGUCAUAGGUCUGGCUUAUGCGGUUCUACUUUCAGAGUUAUUACUAGCCCCUUUUGUACCAAGUAAUACUGCUCGUGGUGGUGGAAUUGUGUUACCUGUAGUUCAUUCAAUCGCAACCACCUUGGGUUCUACACCUUCCCAUCAACCAAAAGUAGGUGGCUUUUUAAUGCUGGUGGGAGCUCAUGCUAAUCUGUUGUCUGCAUCCAUGUUCUUAACAGGUAUGGCACCAAAUCCUAUUGUCAUUGCUAAGGCAAACGCAUUAUACCCGGAUUUGCAAUUCAACUUUAUGACCUGGAUCCAAGGAAGUUGUGUUCCCGCGUUAAUUUGUGCCGCCUUUUUGCCUUUAAUACUCUCUUGGUCAUGCGGAUUAUUCAAAUCAAAAGACAAUGACGAAGAGGAAUCACAGCAAAUAAAAAUUGAUGGUGAUAGUAUUAUUCAACACGCAGCAAAACAACUUGGUGAAAUGGGCACUAUGUCUAUAAAAGAGCUGCAACUCUGUUUUGUUCUUCUUGGCUGUCUUGUUCUGUGGAUAUCUUCUGGAUAUACCAAUAUAGACUCCACUUUAGUUGCCCUGAUAGGAAUUGUUGCAUUGUUGCAUAUGGGUACUAUUCAAUGGACCGAUGUUGCCAAUAACAAAAAUGCAUGGGAAACAUUAUUCUGGCUUGGCGGAUUUGUGACUAUCGCUAGCCAAUUAUCUGAAGCUGGAGCAUCACAGUUUUUAGGACAUAAAAUUUCAGCGACCAUCAUACAUUUGCAGUUGCCUGCGGUACCUGCUUUAGCAAUUGCUUAUUUUCUCACAACGUUCAUCUUCUCUUCACUCAGCGCACAUACUGUUGCCUUUGUGGCUACCUUUCUGGAUGCAGGUCAUGCUUUGGGUGCAAAUCCAAUGAUCCUGACCUGUUUAUUGGCGUACUUUGGAGCAUUGGGCGGUUGCAUGACCAACUUCUCUACUGGUAGUUUGGCAAUGUAUUAUGCCCCCGGAUACAUAACACGAUCAAAAUGGUUUAUUGUUGGAGGUCAAAUGGCACUGUUUUAUUUGCUAAUCUAUUUUACAGCCGGUAUGGCAUGGUGGAAGUUGUUGGGAUGGUGCUAAAAAGACAAUGCAUUACUUCACACUUAGAUACAAAUCCCAAUAAAAAAUAUACCCUUUUUUUUUAUUAAAGUAA